AUGGAUCAAAACUUGUUUGGAGGAGCCCCCAGGUUUCUCACCCGCCCGAAGGCUUUCACAGUGGGUGUGGGCAAGGAUGCCACUCUCAGCUGCACUGUUGUUGGCAACCCAACUCCAAUAAUCACCUGGGAAAAGGACAAGCUCAAGCUCCCAUCCGGGGGCCGCUUUAAGACUGUGGAGGAUGGAGACAUCUACUGUCUCACCAUCUAUGAUCUCACGCUGGAGGACAGUGGCCAGUACAUGUGUCGAGCCAAAAACAAUGUUGGGGAAGCUUAUGCCGCUGUGACCCUGAAGGUGGCCCUCCCAACAGAGAUGUCUCAGAGGGUUCCAGUUUUCACGGUAAAGCCUACUUCCACACGUGUGGCUUUAGGAGGAGAUGUUGUUUUUCACUGCCGUAUUUUGGCUCACCCUAAAGCCAACUUUGAGUGGGAGAAGGACGGGCGGUACCUGGGUGAGACAAACCGCAUCAAAAUUAUGUCCGACAGCGACAGCAGCACCUUAAAGAUCCAAGGUGUGCGCAACCUGGACAGCGGCACGUAUAUCUGCAGGGCCCAGAACCCUGUGGGUCGCUCCCAGGCUGCUGCAGCCUUGGUGGUGGAUGCUCAGGAUGUUUGCCACAUGUCUGCAGACAAGAGCACCUCCCUCCUCUCCCACAUGCAAAAGCGCAAAGAGGAAAUGAAGAAGGACAUCUCCAUCUAUCGCACUGAGGAAAAUAUCUCCUUCUCCAAAGGUAACAUGACUGAUUCCCUGAGUUCUCUGGGCCUGGAGCAUGAGCUGAGGGUGUCUGCGCUGGCAAGUCUACCUAAAGGUGUAUUCACCCGCACCUGCACAGUAACUGAGGGCAAACAUGCCAAACUCAGCUGCUUUGUGACGGGUCACCCCAAACCACACAUUAUCUGGAGGAAGGACGGAACAAACAUCAGCGAGGGCCGCAGGCAUGCCAUUUAUGAGGACCAAGCUGAGAACUUCAUCCUCAAGAUCCUGUACUGCAAGCAGAGUGAUAAUGGUCUCUAUACAUGCAAUGCAACCAAUAUGGCAGGGCAGACCUACAGUGCUGUACUGGUUACAGUCAAAGAGCCAAAGGUGCCAUUCAAGAGGAAGCUACAUGAUGUGGAGGUACAAGAAAAGACCUCUGCCACACUCAUGUGUGAGGUGCCUCUCAUCGCCACGCAGACCAACUGGUUCAUGGAGGAAACGAGGCUGGAGCAAAACACCAAAUAUCGCAUGGACGAGGACGGGAUGCUGCGUCGCCUCACCAUACAUAAUGUCAACACGAAUGAUGAUGGAGUUUACAUCUGCGAGAUGAAAGAGGGCAGUCGUACUGUGGCUGAGCUCACUGUCCUGGGUAAUAUAACAAAGAAGCUUCCUCGGAGGACCGUUGUUCCUGUCAGUGACACCGUCAUCUUCUGUGUUGAGCUGGAGCAUCCUUGUCCAGGCGUCUUUUGGACUCGCAAUGGCGAGAAGCUGAAGGAAGAUUCUCGCACUUCAAUUGCCUGUGUACUUAGACAGUACAUGCUAACAAUUAAAGACUGCCAGGCAGAUGAUUCAGGAGAGGUGGCCUUCGUGGCUGGAGACUGCAAGACUUCAACACAAUUCUCUGUCACUGCUCCCAGGAAACAUCCCCCAGAUCCCCCGGUCGAUGCUGUGGUGCAGAACAAGACUGACUCGUCCAUCACCAUUCAGUGGUCUCCCCCUGAUAGCAACCGUCCUGUACCCAUUAAAGGGUACGUCGUGGAGAAGAGGAAGGUUGGUGCUUCCACCUGGCAGAGGUGCAAUGCUGGAGAAAUCCUCAAAACAACAGAGAUCACCAUAAGCAGUUUUGCAGAGGAAGCUAGUUACCAGUUUCGUAUCACUGCCACAAACGACUUUGGACAGAGUUCCUAUCUGGAAGUACCUGGAACCUUCUACCUUGAACCCACUGCAGAAAUCAGGAAAGGUCUGAUGAACAGCGCUGCAGUAUCUGGAGAGGAGUUCUCCAUCUCUGUGGAGCUGUCAGCUGUGUGCUCAGGCUUCUGGUCGUUAAAUGGACGCCUCCUGCGGAGUGGAUCAGAAUACCUCAUCUCUAGGUCCAAGAACAUACACACGUUGCUCAUUCGUGUUGUGACCAUGGAAAUGAAUGGAGCCGAAAUAAAGUUUGUAGGUGGAGGUUCUCAGAGCAGUUGCAUCCUAUCUGUGAAGGCACCCCCUAUCAGGUUCACCAACAAGUCUGACCAUCCAGAGGUUGUGACCUGCAGUGUCCAAGAGACAGCUCAGCUGAGUGCCGAAGUCUCGGACUAUGAGACUCAGGUGGCUUGGAUGAGGAAUGGGCGAGAGGUGAAGAUGGGGAAGAAGUAUGAAUCUGUUAUAAGAGAUCGGAAGAGAAUCCUGAUGGUUCAUAAUGUUACAGAAGAAGAUGUGGGCCUUUAUGAGUGUGUCUUAGCUGAGGAUAGGAUGCCAAUUCAGCUUACAUUGAAAGAUGAGCCCGCCAAGUUUCUCAAUAAAGCCAGAGGCCCCAUGGGAUUGUCAUCAUCCCUUAAAGGAGAUCUUGAGCUGAGCUGUGAGGUGUCUUCGGCGAGUGCCGCUGUUAUGUGGAGAAAGGAUAAGGUGGAGAUUAGUGAGGACCAAAGAACAACCAUCAUCUCCAAAGGGACCCAAAGGAAACUCAUCAUUAAGAGCGCCAAGAAAAAUGAUGAAGGAUAUUAUUCGUGUGAGACAGCAGCUGAUAAAGUCACAUUCCAUGUCAAGAUUAAAGAAUCCCAAGCAGCAGCUGCAUUCUUCAAUAAGGAGUCAGUUCAGAGAGAGGUCAAAGCCAUCCUCACCCAGAAAGCAACACUUAGCUGCGAUGUUUUAGACACCAAGACGGAGGUGAAAUGGUACAAAGAUGGAACGUUGCUGGAGUCAUUUGGGAGAAUAUACUUGGAGGCAAAGGGUGCCACCCGUCAGCUGGUGAUUGAAAAUAUAGAGAAGAGUGAUGCUGGAGAAUACAGGUGUGAAGCUGGAGGGGAUAAACUGGUCUUCAAAAUAUUUGUAUCAGAGACUCUGUCUACUUUCUGCAACAAGGAGUUAAUACAGAGUGAGGUGAAGACCACUCUCUCACAGAAAACCACCCUGAGCUGCGAAGUAGCGGACACGAAGACAGAGGUGAAAUGGUACAAGGAUGGCAAGCUGCUGAUUUCGAGCAAAACAAUCCAUACUGAAUCAAAAGGCAAGAGCCGCCAGCUGGUGAUUGACAGUGUGGAGAAGAAAGAUGCUGGGGAGUACUUCUGUGAGGCUGGGGCUGAAAAGCUGGCUUUUAAGAUACAUGUUGAAGAAGCCCAGUCAGUCUUCUCCAACAAGGAGUCGGUCCAGAAGGAUUUUAAAGCCACUGUGUCCCAGAAAGCUACACUUAGCUGUGAGGUGUCUAAUACCAAGACAGAGGUUAAAUGGUACAAAGAUGGCAAGCUUCUCACGUCUAGUAAGACGGUACACACAGAGUCAAAAGGCAGAAGUCGCCAGGUGGUGAUAGAGAGCCUGGAGAAGAAAGAUGCCGGAGAGUACAUCUGUGAGGCUGGUACAGAAAAGCUUGCCUUCAAACUUCAAGUAGAAGAACUGCAGGCCCAGUCUGCCUUCUUCAAAAAGGAGUCUGUGCAAAAAGAAGUGAAAGCCACUCUUUCCCAGAAGGCCACCCUAAGCUGUGACCUUGCUGACAACAAGACAGAGGUGAAAUGGUACAAGGAUGGCAAGUUGCUGACCUCCAGCAAAACAAUCCACACUGAAUCAAAAGGCAAGAACCGCCAGCUGGUGAUUGACAGCGUGGAGAGGAAAGAUGCUGGGGAGUACUUCUGUGAGGCUGGGUCUGAAAAGCUGGCUUUUAAGAUACAUGUUGAAGAGAUCCAACCCAAGUUGGCCUUUGUCAACAAGGAGUCUGUGCAGAAAGAAGUGAAAGCCACUCUGUCCCAGAAAGCCACUCUGAGCUGUGAGGUAAAUGACAUGAAGACAGAGGUGAAAUGGUACAAAGAUGACAAGCUUUUAACCUCCAGCAAAAGAGUCCACACCGAUUCAAAAGGCAAGAGCCGCCAACUGGUGGUUGACAGUGUGGAGAGAAAAGAUGCUGGAGAGUACUUCUGUGAGGCUGGGGUUGAAAAGUUGGCCUUUAAGAUACAUGUUGAAGAGACCCAACUUAAGUCUGCCUUCUUCAACAAGGAGUCUGUCCAAAAGGAGGUGAAUGCUUCUUUGUCCCAGAAAGCCACACUGAGCUGUGAGGUUGCAGAUGCAAAGACGGAGGUGAAAUGGUACAAGGAUGGUAAGCUGCUGACAUCCAGCAAGUCCAUAUGUGCAGAGUCAAAGGGCAAGAGUCGCCAGCUGGUGAUUGACAAUGCAGAGAGGAAAGACGCUGGAGAAUACAUCUGUGAGGCUGGCACUGAGAAGUUGGCUUUUAAAAUUCAUGUGGCAGAACCUCUAGCUGGCUUUUCUAACAAGGAAUCAGUCCAAAGAGAAGUGAAAGCUGCUCUCUCCCAGAAAGCCACUCUGAAUUGUGAAGUUUCAGACUCCAAGAUGGAGGUGAAGUGGUUCAAGGAUGGAAAGCUUCUGGCUUCCAGUAAGGGGACCCACAUAGAGUCAAAGGGAAAGACCCGUGAGCUGGUGAUAGAAAGAAUGGAGAAGAAAGAUGCUGGGGAAUACACCUGUGAAGCUGGAAGCGAGAAGCUGGGAUUUAAGCUGCAGUUGACAGAUUUGGCUGUCAAGUUCAAGAAGAAGCCUGCCAAGGAUACAUUUAUUGUUGAAGCAAGUGAAAAUGUUGUUUUAACUACUGAAGUGACCACAGAAGCUUGUAGUGUGAAGUGGUUCAGAGAUGGUGUGGAGCUAAAGGACAGCAGCAAGUGUGAAAUACGAAAAGAUGGGCUUUCUCGCACUUUGACAGUGAAAUCGGCAGAGACCAAAGACUGUGGAACAUACUCCUGUCAAACUCCCGAUGACAAAGUGGAAUUCAAAUUACAGGUUAAAGACUUAGCUUUGAAGUUCGUUGUUCCUUUGAAACCUGCUAUGGUGGAGUUAGGAGGAACACUAAGCUUAAUUUGUGAGCUAAACCAGGCCUCAGGGAAUGUUGUCUGGCAGCACGAGGGGCGUGAAAUUAAACCUGGAAACAGGCACUGUGUCAGAACAGAUGGAGCUAAAAGAGUCCUCACUGUAACAGCAGUGACUAAAGAAGAUGAAGGGGAAUACAGCUGUGUGUGUAAAAAUGACAAGACCUCUGCUAAAGUAACAUCUAAAGCACCAAGACUUGUGAGGUUUACCUCUAAACUGAACAAUGUCGCCGCAAUGGAGGGAAAGGAUGCCAUUUUCAAAUGUGCAGUCACCCCGAUUGAUGUCAACGUUAGGUGGUUCCACAAUAAUAUAACCGUCACUGCUGGGCCCAAGUACAAUUCUGAGCAUGGAGGCGGGAGCCACUCACUUACUAUCACCUCAGUCAACCAGAAAGAUGCAGGAGAAGUUAGUGUUGAUGCAGAAGGCAAAAGCUGUAAAGCAACUCUUCAAGUGCAGCGUGAACCUGUCACGUUUAAGAAAAAGCUUGAAAACCUGGCAGUGGAGGAAGCGAGUGAAGUAAAACUGGAGGUGGUGCUCAGCAAGCCCUCAGAUGAAGUCAAGUGGAUGAAGAACAGUGUGGUGCUGCAGCCUGCAGGAAACAUAGAGAUUCGAGUUGAAGGAGCAAUGCAGGCCCUGCUUUUCAAAAGAGUAACUUAUUCUGACCGGGGCAUUUACUCUUGUGAGACUCUGGAUGACAAGACCCAAGCAAAGCUCACUGUUGAGAUGAAGAAGAUUCAGGUAAUAAAAGCUCUGAAAGAAACAGAAGCUCAUGAAAUGGAAACAGUAACACUUGAAGUGGAGCUAAAUCAAGCUGAUGUUGAAGGCUCGUGGGGCAGAGAUGGGGCCAAGUUAAAGCCAGGGGCUAACUGCCACAUCACCACCCUGGGGAAGAAGCAUACCCUGACGCUUUCCAAUCUGAAGAGGGAGGAUGCUGGGACUAUUUCUUUCCAAGCAGAGGGAGUCCAUACCUCAAGCAAACUGAUUGUCACAGAAUCUCCUGCUAUGAUCUCCAAACCCACUGCGGACAUUAAUGUUCCUGAGAAGGAAAAGGCAACUAUCGAAUGUGAAGUGUCUAGAAACAAUGCAGAAGUUAAAUGGUUCAAGGAUGAUGUUGAGCUGAAGCCGGCAAAGAAUGUUGCCAUUCAUUCCUUGGGCCGAAAGCGCACAUUAGUCAUCAGCAAAUGCACACCUGAAGAUGGAGGCACUUAUAUCUGUCGCACAGCUGAUGAUAACACCUCUGCAAAGCUCACUGUUCAUGCUAGAGAUAUCAAGAUUGUUAAGAAUCUGAAAGAUGUGGAGGUGGUGGAAAAGGAGAGUGCUUCGUUUAUCUGUGAACUCUCUCAUGAUGAUGUAGAAUACCAGUGGUUCAAAGGAAAUACCAAAAUUAAAGCCAGUGAGAACAUCAAGAUUAGACAGGAGGGGAGAAAGCAUGUACUGCUAUUUAAGUCUGUAAACCCUGAAGACAUGGGUGACAUUAAAUUUACAGCUGAAAAAGCUUCUUCAACUGCAAAACUUAAAGUGAAAGAGCUGCCUGUCAAGUUUGUGAAGAAACUCAGGGAUAAGAUAGCGAUGUAUAAGCACCGUGCUCAUCUUGAAUGCCAAGUGUCGCGUGCCAGUGCGAAGGUGAAGUGGUUCAAAAACAAAAUGGAGAUCAAACCCAGCAAAAAAUAUGACACCAAAAGUGAAGAUGUGUACCGAAAGCUCACCAUCAACGAUGUGGACUCUGGUGAUGAAGACAUGUAUACCUGUGAUGCAACUGAUGACAAGACAUCCUGUAAACUGCUUGUGGAAGAACAGUCCAUCAAUAUUGUACGGGAACUCAGUUCAGUUGAAGUGACAGAGCCCUUUGCAGCUGUUUUUGAAGUUGAAGUUAGUAUGGAAUUGGUGAAGCCUCCGAUUUGGACUUUGAAUGGAGUUCCUGUGCAGGAGGGUGCUGAUGUUGAGAUGGAGAAAGAAGGCACUAUGCACCGUCUCACCUUUAAAAAGACCAAAGCAUCAAUGACUGGACCUGUGCAGUUCACUGCAGGGAAGAGCAAAUCUUUUGCUCAGCUCACAGUCAAAGAGCGUCCGCUUGAGAUUGCAGAGCAUAUCAAAGAUGUAAAGGCAAAGGAAAAAAGCACUGCAACGCUUAUGUGCAAAUUUUCUGCCACACCUAAAGAGGUGAAAUGGUUCAAAGGUCCUGUUCUUCUGGCAGCAUCAGAUAAAUACAACUUAAAGCAAGAUGCUACGAGGGGUCAACUUACUAUUCAAAGAUUGACUGAAGAAGACAGUGGAGAGUACCGCUGUCAAUCAGGUCCUGCUGAAACCAAAGGGACUCUAACUGUUGAAGUCCGAGAAAUAAAGAUUACCAAGCACCUGGCUGACACAGAGGUUGAUGAAGACAGCGAUGCAAUUUUCACAUGUGAGAUCAACUACGCUGAUGAAGAUGCACUGUGGCUUCUGAAUGAAAAGGUGCUGUUCACCAAUGAAGUGAACACCAUCACACAUGAGGGUAAGGUCCACAGGCUCACCCUGAAGAACUUGGCUCCUCAGGAUGGGGGAACUAUCACCUUGCAAGUACGCAAAGUGAAAGAAUCUGUCACACUUAAGGUUAAGGAGAAACGUGCUGUGUUCCUCAAGUCGCUAGAUGAUGUCACAGGAGAGGAGAAAGCCAUGAUAACUUUGAUAUGUGAAGCAAACAAACCAAGAGUUUCUCCAAUAUGGAGAAAAGAGGAUAAAGUCUUAAAGGCCGGGACAAAAUAUGAGCUCCUUCACACAGGCAAGUCUUUGGGACUCAUCAUUAAGGAUGUCACCAAAGAAGACAGUGGAGAGUACAGUUGUGAUCUUGGCACAGAGGUCACUAAGGCAAAGGUCACUGUAAGAGAAAUUGGUAUUGGCAUCACGAAAAAACUGAAAUCCGUUGAGGUGAAUGAAGGAGACACGUGUAGCUUUGAAUGCAUUCUGUCACGUGAGAACAUUGAUGACUGCUCGUGGUCUGUUAACGGCAAAACGGUUAAAAACGAAGGUCGCUUUAAGAUCUCCAGUCAGGGACGCAAGUACAUGUUGAUUGUGAAGGAUGUCACCCCUGCUGAUUCUGGUGAGGUGGUUUUCAGCAUUAAAGACCUGAGCUCCAAAGCAACGCUGAAAGUUGAAGGAAAGGCUUCAUCUAUAUCAAACGGGCUUCAGAACGUUUCUGCUGUUUGUGGUGAAGAUGGUAUUUUUACCUGUGAGGUGACACAGGCUAGCUCUACUGUAAAGUGGGCCAAGGAUGGCAAAGCCAUCAGGACGAGCAAGAAGUAUGAGAUCAGUCAACAGCAGAAGGUCAUGAAGCUGACCAUUCACAACGUGUCUGCUGAAGAUUCUGGAGAGUACAGCUGUGAAAUCGUUGGAGGUGCAACUACAAGAGCCAAGCUGGAAAUUAAGGAACCGAUCCAUAAAUUUACCAAAGUGCUUGAGGACAUCCAAGCAGAUGAGAAAAGCUCUGUGACUUUGCAUUGCGAAACAGCACAAUCUCCAUCCACAGUGACGUGGUUGAAAGGCCACACAGAGCUAAGGGCUGGAGGUCAAUACGAGAUGUUCCAGAAGGAGAGGGUCCUAACUCUCAUCAUUAAACAGCUGGAGGAGAAGGACACUGACAUCUACACGUGUGAUGUGGGCACUGCUAAGAGCAUGGCGAAGGUGACCGUGAAAGCAUUGCUGACAACAUUUGUAAAAAUGUUGGAGAGCCAGGAGGUUGAAGAAGGAGCCAGUGUUACUUUGCAUUGUGAGCUCUCCAAACCUGGAGUCCCUGUGGAGUGGAAGAAGGGAACACAGGUCCUGAAGUCUGGAGAGAAGUACCAGAUGAAGCAGAAGGCCUCUGUGAAUGAACUCGUUAUUACCAAAGUGGUGCCAGAAGACAGUGGAGACUACAGCUGUGUGUUUGGAGACCAGAAGACCACAGCCAGCCUCAAGAUCAAGGCCCAACCAGUGACCUUCAAACAGAAGUUGGAGAGCCAGGAGGCUGAAGAAGGAGCCAGUGUUACUUUGCAUUGUGAGCUCUCCAAACCUGAAGUCCCUGUGGAGUGGAAGAAGGGAACACAGGUCCUGAAGUCUGGAGAGAAGUACCAGAUGAAGCAGAAGGCCUCUGUGAAUGAACUCGUUAUUACCAAAGUGGUGCCAGAAGACAGUGGAGACUACAUCUGUGUAUUUGGAGACCAGAAGACCACAGCCAGCCUCAAGAUCAAGGCCCAACCAGUGACCUUCAAACAGAAGUUGGAGAACCUGGAGGCUGAAGAAGGAGCCAGUGUUACUUUGCGUUGUGAACUUUCCAAACCUGGAGUCCCUGUGGAUUGGAAGAAGGGAACACAGAUCCUGAAGUCUGGAGAGAAGUACCAGAUGAAGCAGAAGGCCUCUGUGAAUGAACUCGUUAUUACCAAAGUGGUGCCAGAAGACAGUGGAGACUACAGCUGUGUGUUUGGAGACCAAAAGACCACAGCCAGCCUCAAGAUCAAGGCCCAACCAGUGACCUUCAAACAGAAGUUGGAGAACCUGGAGGCUGACGAAGGAGCCAGUGCUACUUUGCAUUGUGAACUUUCCAAACCUGGAGUCCCUGUGGAUUGGAAGAAGGGAACACAGGUCCUGAAGUCUGGAGAGAAGUACCAGAUGAAGCAGAAGGCCUCUGUGAAUGAACUCAUUAUUACCAAAGUGGUGCCAGAAGACAGUGGAGACUACAGCUGUGUCUUUGGAGACCAGAAGACCACAGCCAGCCUCAAGAUCAAGGCCCAACCAGCGACCUUCAAACAGAAGUUGGAGAGCCAGGAGGCUGAAGAAGGAGCCAGUGUUACUUUGCAUUGUGAGCUCUCCAAACUUGAAGUCCCUGUGGAGUGGAAGAAGGGAACACAGGUCCUGAAAUCUGGAGAGAAGUACCAGAUGAAGCAGAAGGCCUCUGUGAAUGAACUCAUUAUUACCAAAGUGGUAGCAGAAGACAGUGGAGACUACAGCUGUGUAUUUGGAGACCAGAAGACCACAGCCAGCCUCAAGAUCAAGGCCCAACCAGUGACCUUCAAACAGAAGUUGGAGAACCUGGAGGCUGAAGAAGGAGCCAGUGUUACUUUGCGUUGUGAACUUUCCAAACCUGAAGUCCCUGUGGAGUGGAAGAAGGGAACACAGAUCCUGAAGUCUGGAGAAAAGUACCAAAUGAAGCAGAAGGCCUCUGUGAAUGAUCUCAUUAUUACCAAAGUGGGGCCAGAAGACAGUGGAGACUACAGCUGUGUAUUUGGAGACCAGAAGACCACAGCCAGCCUCAGAAUCAAGGCUGCUAAACCAGAACCCAGCACGCAGGAGACCAGAGAAAAAACUAAAGUCAAGAUGGGUGAAGUUAAAAGCAUUGAGCAGAAGAAGCAGGAGAUAAAUGAAACUGUAAAAGCUGUCAUCCUGCAGACUACUGGCGAAGCCCCUAAACAGCAGCUUCUAAAAGAGGAGAGUCAGAGAAGUUCAAAAGAGUUUGAAAAAGACCAUGAAGUUGUUCCCAUCAUAUGCACUAAAGACCUGGAAAGCCAAGUAUCAGAGGAGGGAGCAAGCAUCACUCUGCAUUGUGAACUUUCCAAACCUGGAGUCCCUGUACAGUGGAAGAAAGGGACUGAAGUCCUGAGUUGUGGAGAAAAGUAUCAGAUGAAGCAAACAGGAUUAUGUUACAAGCUACAAAUCCUUGAUUUGACACCUCAUGACACAGGGACCUAUUCAUGCUGUUCAGAGGACACAUUAAGCUCUGCAUCUCUUGUAGUAAACGCAUCCCCAGUGUUUUUCACAAAAGAAUUGGAAAAUCUAAUAUUGGAAGAAGGACAGAGUGCCACAUUACACUGUGAGCUUUCCAAGUCAAGCCUUUCUUUGGAGUGGAGGAAAGGAGAACUUGGCCUUUGUCCGUGUGCCAAAUACGACAUUAGACAAACAGAGAACCUGGCUACACUAAUAAUCCAUAAUGUAGAACCAGAGGACUCUGGAAGUUACACGUGUGACACUGGUGAAUGUCAAAGCACUGCAAUGCUAGCUGUGAAGGCCAAACCUGUCCUUAUUAAAACCAAACUACAAAACCUGGAAAGACAAGCAGGAGAGUGUGUCAGCUUUCGCUGUGAGAUUACCAAACCAGGAGCCAGUGUGGUCUGGAGGUGUGGCGACAAGGUCCUGACAGCCAGUAGCAAAUAUCAGCUGAAACAGGAAGGGACUGUGGUCGAGCUUGUUAUCUAUAAACUGCAGGGAAGCGAUGCAGGAGACUACUCCUGUGAUACAGGCUUUCAGAGGACUUCUGCGAUCCUUACUGUAAAUGGUAGGAUUUAUUUUCAUGCAUCACUUGGAGACCCACCUUCACAUCCCCUAUCGUGUUGUCUUGUUUGCCAGUUUCUCACCAAGAAACACUUGAGCAUGAUUAGAAACCAUUUUAAAACCUUCAACUGCUUUUCAUUAUCUGUGUGCUGCUGCAAUGUCUCUGCAGCCGUUGAAGUUCUCAUCCUAAAGUUCUUGGAAAGCUGCGUUGUUUAUGAGGGGGAAGACGUCCACUUUGAAUGUCAGCUUUCUCAUGAGGAGACUCCACAGAUCCAGUGGAAACUCCAGGACGUCCUGCUGCAAAAUAACGAAAUGAAUCUGAUAAAGUCUGAGGGCCGGGUGCACAGCCUCGUACUUCGAGGUGUCACAGCAGCUGACUCUGGUACAGUCACUUUCACUGUGGGAAAUCACACCUCCACUGCUUCUCUCACAGUCCGAGCCCCAAUAUCCUUUAAAAAGGAGCUGGAAAGCCAAGAGGCCACAGAGGGAGGAGAGACCACACUGUCCUGUGAGACAUCCAGCCUUGACUGUAAGGUGACCUGGUGGAAGGGCUCAACUGUCCUUUCUCAGGGAAAGAAGUACACCAUUCAGCAGAGAGCAACCACUAACAGCCUGGUGAUACAUAAGUUGGUCAAGGAAGAUAGUGGUGAAUAUACCUGCGAUACAGGAGACAAGAAAAGCACUGCUACGCUGACUGUAAAAGAGCAUGUCCGCAUUGUCCGUGAGCUCCUCGAUGUUACUUUGACCACCGGCCAGGAGGCCAUGUUUGAGGUUGAGCUGUCACACCCAGGCGUCACCAAUGGGGAAUGGUGGCUUGGAGACAACCUCCUUCAAAAUAACGAUCUGAAUCAAAUGAGCGUUCAGGGCAGAGUUCACCGACUGGUUCUGAAGAUGGUAACCACAGAUGAAUCAGGAGAUGUUGCCUUUGUCGUUGGGAAGGAGAAGAGUGUGGCUUGCCUUCUGGUCGAGGAGAAACCCAAAGUGAUAAUAUUAGAGAAACCCCAUGACACUGCCUCAGUAGAGGGAGAAACGGUCACACUUAGUUGCUGCAUCUCCGACUCUAAUGCCUCUGUCACCUGGAUGAGAAACAAUGUGCCAAUCCAAGCCGGACUCAAGUAUGACCUGAGGAAGAACGGAGCAUUACGUCAGCUUCGAAUCCACAACCUGGUGCCCGAGGAUUCAGGAAUAUACAUCUGUGACACUGGAGAUGCCCACUGUGAAGUGACUUUGACUGUGCAAGGUGCUCCAGUGUUCUUCCCGAAAGAGCUUAAGAACCAAGACGCCAUAGAGGGCGAUGAUGUCAUGCUGCAGUGUGAGGUGUCUAAGCCAGGUGUUCGUGUUGAGUGGAGGAAAGGAGGCAUUGUCCUCCAGCCUGGUAAGAAGUAUGAAAUGAAGCAGGAGAGGUGCAUUCAAGAGCUCUGUAUUCACAGCCUGGAACCUGAAGACAGUGGUUACUACACCUGUGAUGCAGGAGAGCAGCUCACUACAGCUUCUUUGGCAGUGCAAGUGAAAGAAGUCUUCAUAGUUGCUGGUCUUAAGACCACUGAUGUCUUUGUUGGGGAAUGGGCAACCUUCUCCUGCCAGCUGUCUGGUAGGGCGCCUGGUAAGGUGCAGUGGUGGCUGGAUGGCACCUUGCUGGAGAACAGCCCCAGUAUUCAAAUAGGAGUGCAACAAGGCUUUAUCCACACACUCACCUUUAAGAACCUGGCUACAGAUGACUCAGGCACUGUCACCUUCAAAGCGGGCAGCUUAACCUCAUCAGCCAAGCUCUUAGUCAAAGAUCCCACAGUUGAGGUGGUGAACGAUAUGGAGGACCUCUGGGUGGUUGAAAACCAACCGGCUGAGUUCAUCUGCCAGUUCUCCAGGCCAGUCAAAGCUCGGUGGAGGAAAGAUGGGCAGCUUUUGCAGCCUGAUGGCCGAAGGGUGGUAGUGGAGCAGGACUGGAGUGUUGCUCGCUUGUACAUUAAUCGCGUGUCUAAUGAUGACAUGGGGACGUAUUCCUGUGAGGCAGAGGGUACCUGUGGGGUCGCUUCACUUCAUGUGGAAGCCAAACCUAUUAACAUCGUUCAAGCCAUGGAAAACGUUGAAACGUUUGAUGGGGGCGAAGCAUUGUUUGAGUGUGCCCUAUCUCGUCCUGAGAGCAAAGACUGCCACUGGCUUCUUGAUGGGAAACCAGUAAAGGAAUCACCUAAAGCAGAGAUUGUGUCUUUUGAAAGUGGUCGUCGCCAUCUGCUUCUGUUGAAAGAUCUGCAUGACAAAGACAGUUGCACAGUGACAUUUAAAGCUGGUACAGCUACCUCCUCUGCCCAGCUCACUGUCAAAGGUUGGAAGCUGGACAUUGUGCAGGGUUUGGAGGACAUAGUGGCUGCUGUGGGAGAGAAGGUUGAGUUUUGUGUUAAGCUUACCGAAGCUGUCCCUGCAACAGAAGUGGCCUGGUAUGCUAAUGGAGUUGAACUCAAACCCAGCAACCUCUGGGCCAUGAGGGUUGAUGGUAGUUCUUAUCGCCUCAUCCUGAGACAGGCCCCGCUCAUGUCCCAACAGGAAAUUACCUUUGCAGCUAGGGAUGCUCUCUCUUUGGCCAAGCUUACCAUCAUCACUGUACCUGACCCGCCAGAGGAUCCAGAAGUCCUUAGUAAAACUACAGACUCUGUCGCUCUCUCCUGGUUUACUCCUCUUCAUGAUGGAGGGAGUCCUAUCAUUGGCUACAGAGUAGAAAUGCGACUGGUGGACAGCGCCCUCUGGCUUCCAUGUCAUUCUGGGCCUGUUUGCAACACAGAAUUUGUCGUGGAAAAACUGGUCCCUGGGAGUGGCUACAGGUUCAGAGUAGCAGCAAUGAACAAAGCUGGGACUGGAGAGCCUGUUGAACUUCCUCUGACAGUGCAGCUUGAUGCAAAACAGGCAGAAGUAAUGGAACAGCCCAGUCUUCCUCCUGAGGCUGCUGAGGAAGGGGAACUCCAUGACCUGUGGGACGCAUCUGCAAAGAAACGGCGCAUGAGCAGAGAGCCCACUCUGGACUCCAUCUCAGAACAACCUGAGGAGAAUGGUAAAGGUGGCAAAAAACAACAGAAAGAGUCUGUCUCAUCAGAAAAAAUGGAAAUCAGAGCAGCUGAAAAGAAGCAGGCUGUUGUGCCCAAGAAACAGACAGAAUCUGUCCAGUCCGUCAGUUCUGAGGAAGAGAUCAUUUCUGGGGGCUCGUCACUCGUGUCUUACCUCAAGAAGAGCAGCAAGACUGAAGCAACAGCAACCAGUGAGGCAGAGACUCUAACGGCCGAGAGGUUCUUUGCUCAUUUCCAGAUGGUAGAGCAGAAAACAGUGCAGCAGACCGAAACAAAAGCAACAAUAAUUCAGAAAACAGAUGAAAAACAGCUGUCUACACAGGAAACCAGCAUCAUGGAAUUCACAAAAGAGGAAGAGCCUGAGCUUACAGAUGCUGUCAUCAAGAUUCAAGCUGCCUUCAAGGGUUACAAGGCUCGCAAGGACAUGCGUCCCAUCUUCAAGGAGGUCUUCAAAGACCAAACCAAAGAACCUAAUGACACCAUACAUCUUGAAUGUGUGACAGAAGGUAAACCAGAUAAGGUGCGCUGGCUGAAGGAUGGAGAACCGCUGAUGGAUGGCAAACAUCAUCAUAUAGAUAUCUACAAUGAUGGCACCUGCUCUCUGGUCAUUACUGCCAUCACCACAAAAGACACUGGGGUUUACACCUGUGAGGUCACCAACAAGUUUGGAGUGACGUCCCACAGUGCUAAGGUGACAGUAGGAACAAUAAGGGAAUCAUCAGGCAGACGACCCCUGACCAUAGGUUACAGUGCCGACAGUGAGCCCGAGAGCUCCUCCGGUAGUGAGAUGGAUGAGUCACUGAGGCAGGCAAGUAGGCGACUCAGGCGCCUUCUGCGCACACGCCUCCCACCCGAUGUUGAGGAAGAACCAUUUAUCAGUGCAGACGAAGGCGACUUCUGCCCCCCGGACCCUCACUCUUACCGUGAGGAUGAAAAUUACAUCUACAUUCGCUUUGAUUCCCAAGCAGAUGCUGAGGUGGCGUCUAAGAGAUUCCAGGAGAUGUUCACAGUCCAUGGAGUGCCUGUAGAGACCGCCAUCAUAGCAGCAGGUGUUCACAGAGUGGAGCUGCGAAUUAGAAAGAUGGGCUACAUCCAGGAUGGCACACAGACCCCAACACAAGAUCGACAGCGUCCUGCUAUAUUGACUGGAGCUCCAGCUCCCCCAGUGUUCUUGACAGAGCUACAAAGUCAGGAUGUUCCGGAUGGCUAUCCGGUCAGCUUUGACUGCGUUGUGAUUGCCAAGCCCCCUCCAACUGUCCGCUGGUAUAAAGAUGGCAAGCUGUUGGAGGAAAAUGACCAUUAUAUGAUCAAUGAGGACCAAGAGGGUUGCCACCAGCUCAUCAUCACCUCUGUGUUGCCCACUGAUAUGGGCGUUUAUCGUUGCACAGCUGAAAACAGCAGUGGGAUUGCCGCCACUAAAGCUGAACUUAGAGUUGACAUGUCGUGCAGCUCAGAUUAUGACACUGCUGCAGAUGCCACUGAGACCUCCUCUUAUGUCAGUGCCAAAGGUUAUGUGUCCAGUAGGGAAACUGAAACCUUUGAAUCCGUAAGUGAAGAUGAUCAGCUACCACAGGUUGUAGAUGAACUUCAUGAUGUUCAUGUCAGUCCAGGUUCUCCUAUUGCUAAACUGCAACUCAAAGUAAAAGGGUUCCCUAAACCUAGAGUGUACUGGUUCAAAGAUGGCCAGCCUCUCCGACCAUCAAAAAGGAUUCAGCUGUCAGCAGAGAGAGAUGUUCAUUCUGUGGAGAUCCUUGAAGUGAAGAGAGAGGACAUGGGGGAGUACUCUGCUUACAUCAGCAAUGCAGCCGGUUCUGCUUACUCCUCUGCUCGCCUGAUAGUACUGAGUCCUGGGGAGAUUAUGCCACAGGAUAAAAAAGAUUUGAAGGAGCCACUGGUGCCGCCCCGCUUUCUUGAGAGGUUCAGUAACAGGAAGGUGAAACAAGGUGCAAGCAUCACACUCUCUGUCAAGGUUGAAGGAUCUCCUACUCCCAUGGUCUCCUGGCUGAAAGAGAAAUCACCAGAGGAUGUCUUGUGGAUUAAACUUGAUACUAAGGGAUACAAAAUAGCAAGCUCUGGUCGCCAGCACAGCCUAAUACUGAUGGAUGUAGACAAGGAGUAUUCUGGCAUCUACACCUGCAUUGCCACAAAUAGAGCAGGGCAGUCGCUCUGCUCUGCUCAGCUUGAGGUGGAUGACACACCACAACCAAAGAAAAACACAGCAGCUUCAGAAGUCCUUGGGAUUACAGUUAGUCCCCCAGAAGAUGAGGCUGGCAGAGGAAGUGAGGGUAGAAUAGCCUAUUUAAGUGAAGUUGGCACAGAGGAAUUCCUCAUGAAACUCACUUCUCAGAUCACUGAAAUGGUUUCAGCAAGGAUCACCCAAGCUUCAUUACGAGUACCAGGUGUCGACAGUGAUGAUGAGACCAAAACUCCUUCUCCAUCUCCCCAUCAUGGUCGCUCUCGUCCACCUUCCCUCAUCACAGAUUCCUCCUCAGAGUCGGAUGAAGGAGAUGCCAGAGGAGAGAUGUUCGACAUUUAUGUGGCAUCGGCGGACUACAACCCCACCAUUGCAUGCAAAGACUCCAUCUCUCUCAAAGAGGGACAGUAUGUUGAGGUUUUGGACUCAGCUCAUCCUCUUAAAUGGUUGGUUCGGACCAAGCCCACCAAAUCAACACCAUCACGACAAGGCUGGGUGUCACCUGCCUACUUGGACAAAAAACUAAAACUCUCAGCUGAUACUGGAGAUCUGCCAGAAACAAGUGCAGAAGAGGUUUCUGAAGGAGAAUACAAGAGGAAGUUAUUCCAGCUGAUACAGGACCUGAUAAACGGAGAAUCCGAGUUUGUCAAGGAGGUGGAAUUCUUCACAUCUCACCACAUGAAGCACGCCGACAGUUCGGAUGCUCCACCUGAUGUCUGCAGCCAGAAAGAAACCAUCUUCAGGAACGUUGAUGACAUCAAGUUCUUCCAUUGCAAGACAUUCCUUCCAAAGCUGCAUGACUGUGACACAGAUGAUGAUGUAGCUAUGAGCUUCCUGAAAAACAGGGAAGGAUUUGAGCAGUACCUUCAGUAUCUUGUAGGACAGAACCAAGCUGAAUCUGCUGUUAGUGACAAGACUGUCCAUCACUUCUUUAAGGAGUACACUGAGAAAGAGCAGGCGAAUGCAAGCCCUGCAGAUCCCCCAGUUCGAAGCAUUAAUGCCUACCUGCAGCAACCUCUAGAGAGGGUUCAGAAGUACAAGGCUUUCCUUAAGGAUCUCAUUCGAAACAAGGCAAGAAACGGCCAGAACUGCUGCCUCUUGGAAGAGGCGUAUGCAAUGGUGUCGGCACUCCCUCAGCGUUCUGAGAAUACCCACCAUGUCUCCAUGAUCGAGAACUAUCCUGCUACCCUGGAAGUUCUCGGAGAACCAAUCAGACAGGGACCUUUCCAAGUCUGGGAGGGAGCUCCUGGAAUUAGAACGUCCUCUAGGGGUCACCACCGCCAUGUCUUCCUCUUUAGGAACUACUGUAUCAUUUGCAAACCCAAAAGAGACAGCAACACUGAUACACAGGCAUAUGUGUUUAAGAACAUGAUGAAGCUGAAUAACAUUGAUGUGAACGAAACGGUGGAAGGCGAUGACCGUGCCUUUGAGAUCUGGCAUGAACGGGAGGACUCUGUGAGAAAAUACACUUUACAGGCCCGAACGGUUACCAUCAAAAACUCCUGGCUGCGAGACCUCAGGGAACUACAGCAGCGUUACAGCAUGCCCGCAUGGAGUCCACCUGAUUUUGAAAACAUUUUGGCAAACUGCACAGCAGAGUUGGGCCAAACAGUUAAACUGGCCUGCAAAGUCAUUGGGGUGCCCAAACCUGUAGUUACCUGGUACAAAGAUGGCCGUACAGUAGAGGCAGAUCCUCAUCACAUCAUCAUUGAGGACCCCGAUGGGUCCUGCACGCUGAUCCUGGAUAACAUGACUGCAGAUGAUUCCGGCCAGUACAUGUGCUUCGCCACAAGUUCGGCAGGCAAUGCGAGUACUCUUGGAAAAAUCACUGUACAAGUACCUCCUCGUUUUUUAAAUAAAAUGAGGAAUGCUGUCUUUGUCGCUGGUGAAGAUGCUCAGUUCACCUGUGUGAUACAAAGUGCUCCCUGCCCAAAAAUAAGGUGGUUCAAAGAUGGUCGACUACUGACUGACCAGGAGAAGUAUCAGACCUACAGUGAGCUCCGAAGUGGGGUUCUGGUUCUGGUUAUAAAAAACCUGACUGAGAGAGAUCUUGGACACUAUGAGUGUGAGCUGUCGAACCGCCUGGGCAGUGCCAAGUGUGCUGCUGAUUUAGUUGUUCCUUCUGCUGUGGCCCACACUGGGGAGCAGGCCAUCACCAUUGAAGUUACCGAACAGGAGACUAAACUACCAAAGAAGACCAUCAUCAUUGAGGAGACAAUUACCACAGUCGUGAAGAACCCACGCAUGAGGAGACACAGAUCUCCAGGCUUGACUGUCGCUGGAGCCCACCGCUCUGAGACUUCCACCCCCGAGCCAACUGCAACCAGGCCAAGGAAGAUGCCCACCCCAAGAAAGUCCACCAUCCCAACCCUCUAUGUUACUGAGCCUGAGGGGGCUGGAGCCAGGACGGUGGAGAGCAAGCCCAGGUGGGUUGAAGUGGAGGAGGUCAUCGAGUAUAAGGUCAAUAAAUCUCCAAGGCUGUCCAGGAGAAGAGGGAUCUCACCUGCAGGUUCCGAUCGAGCAGCCACCCCCUCUAGAUCCAAGAGGUCUCCCCUUGAGAACCUGAAUGUUAACAACUCAAACAACAACUUGGUGGAGCAGGCACAAGAACAACUGAAGGAAGAGAUCAGCAACCAGACCAUCUCCUGGGAGGAAGACGAGCCUCAGAUUGCCUGUGGCUCUGCUUCGAUGGAACCACAUGAACUGUCAUCUGUCCUAACACUUGCCGAAGAUACUGACGAUCAGGAUGAUCAACAAACUGUUAUCUUUGAACCAGAUGAUGAGGAUAGUGAGAAACUUGAACCCGUGAUUCUGAAACAAGGAGAUCGUACUUUAAACCUGGAGGACUUAGAGGAUUACAUCCCAGGAGAAGGAGAAACCUACGGCUCCUCCAGCACAUACCAUGUCUCUGACGAGAAGCCCUGCGAGAUCUCUGUCCUUCAGAGGGAGAUUGGGGGGUCCCAAGUAGGACAGCUGGUGCUUCUCAAUGUGGGGCGGCCUGAUAUCGUUCCAAGGCAGAGAAGCAGCUUCUUCGGCCGCUUCAAGGAGCAUCUCUCCAACAGUCUUUUCCCAUCUGCCUCCCCGCAAGUCAGCAUAGCUCAGCCCAGUACGGAGAGACAAAUCCCAAUCCAAAUGAGUAGUGCAAAGCUGGAGGUGCAGCCCUCUUAUUGCUCCGAGGUACAGAGAGUAGAGGGCAGGCAGCAGAGCUUUAAAACCAAAGUGUCCACUCAAACCUACAGUUACACAUCAGUUGGGAAGCCUGUCACUCUUCAAAUUAAAGAGAAACCCUUUCAAAGCCAGUAAACACAUUUCAAUUGGUGACACAAAUCCUUAGUCUUAAAUGGAUACAUUUCUGCUUGCAUGAUUAAAAUAAUCAAAAAAUAUAUAUAUUUGCUAGAUUUAACAAACCAUUCCGUUGUUAAGCAGCCAGUCAGAAAAUAGUCUGAUCCUCAGUUGUUGUGGGAUUCAGGGUUUUCUUUAGGCUAGGGAAUGUGGAACUGUAAAUUGUAAGAGAUAAAUAUAUCCAUGUAAGCAGGUUUCAGCCUUAUUCUGUAUUUUCAACUGCUGUAUGACAUGCAGCCUGAAUUAUGUGGACAGAGGUCAAGGAUAUAUGGAUAUAUAAAUUAACAUUUUACUGUUUAUCAGUUUGAUGGUAUAUGUUUUAUUGAUGUGCCAUCAUAAAAUCAUCUCUGCAACAAUAACUGAUCAAAGCAGUACAAUAAUGAACACCUCUGACUUUAUUUCUGGAUAGUCAAAUACAUAGAAUUGUCAUGGCUUCUAAUUUUUUUAUUUUACUUUUCAGAAGCGGUUUUGAAAUCAGACAAUAUUUACAAGACAGUGUAGAUUUUGACUUUCUGUAUUGCUUGCUGUUGUUUAAGUUUAAUCACUGGUGCGCAAUAAAAUUAUAGAAACACUUGGAUGAAU